AUGUCCGACGUCGACGCCCCUCAGAACAAGAAGCGCAAACUCGCGCCCGUCGCGGGCCUCCUCAUCAAGCGCCACUCCGAGAAGGCACGCAUCCCCUCACGCGGGUCCGCCCUCGCUGCGGGGUACGAUCUCUACAGCGCGGAGACGAAGGUCAUUCCCGCGCGGGGGAAGGCCCUCGUCGACACGCAGAUCUCAGUCGCGGUCCCAGCGGGCACGUACGGACGCGUCGCGCCCCGCAGCGGUCUCGCGUCAAAAUUCAUGAUUGACACGGGGCGGGGGUCAUCGACGCCGACUACCGACUUCACGGUAAACGAAGGAGACAGGGUUGCCCAGCUCAUCCUCGAGCGAAUCGUCACCUGA